AUGAGGUGCAUUCGCAAUUACCGCUUUCUGUCCACACCAAAUUUGAAGAAUCUGGGUAUCCAAUCAGUGGUGGCAUUUGUGUUCUUUGUUCAGAAGGACAUCAAUUGGUCUCACCUGAAAGCAAAUUGCAACUCAACGAUUUGCUGCAAGAACUGCCACUCUAAUCACCAUCAUAUGCUACUGUGCAAUAACGCUAACAAUCUUCAAUCAUUACUUUUUAAAGAACAACGCUCUAAACAUCGGUUUGCUGAGCCGCACCAAGCACCAAAUCAAUAUGGACGCCCGCAUACCGGUACUAGCCAAAACGCCGCACACCAUGCGCCUCUCCUGGUUUCAGCCCGCUACCUGUGCCGACUUUUGCUGCUGCCCCACCGCAACCGCCAGUACUACAACGACGUGGGCACGUGCAGCAAGUGUUAUCUGUCGUGCAUGACGUGCAGUGGGCCGCGACGUGACCAAUGUGUCACGUGUCCUCAGGGCUGGCAGUUGGCGGCCGGUGAGUGUCACCCCGAGUGCCCACAGGGCUUCUUCAUGUCUCAAUAUGGCUGUCAGAAGUGCCAUCACUACUGUCACACCUGCAAGGGGGAGGGCCCACUACAGUGCACAUCUUGCCCGCCGCAGUCGAUGUUGGAUGGAGGCUUGUGCCAGGCAUGCCUUGGCUCGCAGUACUACGACCCGCCCACGCAGCUGUGCAAAGCCUGUGACAGCGGCUGCAAGACUUGCUCUGGUGCCGGGCCUUUCUCCUGUCUGUCCUGCACCUUCCCGCUGCAUCUCGACAAACUCAACAACCAGUGUGUGCCCUGCUGCACCCGCCAAAGCCAGCAGAACUGCUGCUCCUGCGACAAGGACACUGGUGAAUGUCACAACUCAUCACCAGCUGGGAAGAGACGCAUCACUGUGGAGCAUGAUAUCGAUGAAAUCCAACUGCAAGCGACCAGUUUGAGAGGAGAGAUGCCACUUCAGUCAAAUUCGCCCUCCACUUCUUUCUCAUCAGGGUUUUCUCUCACACAGCAGCUGACCAGUGGCAAUGCAAUAGUCGUUUUAUGCGCCUGCACACUCAUUCUGAUGGUCGCCAUUGUUGUCAGUGUACAGUUAAAAUCAGAGUCACCAGGCAAGGGCUACUCAAAAUUCCACUGCGCAUACAUAAGGAAGGAGAUGACUGCCCUAGCAAGCUGCAGACCGACCAGAAGAAAGCAUUGA